UUUCUGAUGGCUAACAAGUUGGAUACAGCAAUGUGGAUUUCCCGCUUGUUCACAGUUUACUGCUCAGCUUUGUUUGUCCUGCCUCUCCUAGGGUUGCAUGAAGCAGCAAGCUUUUAUCAGCGUGCCUUGCUGGCAAAUGCUCUUACUAGUGCCCUCCGACUACACCAAAGGCUACCGCACUUUCAGCUUAGCAGGGCGUUUCUGGCCCAGGCUUUGCUGGAGGACAGCUGCCACUACCUGUUGUACUCUCUUAUCUUUGUGAAUUCCUACCCUGUUACAAUGAGUAUUUUUCCAGUUCUGCUGUUCUCUCUGCUUCAUGCUGCCACAUAUACAAAGAAGGUUCUUGAUGCACGAAGUUCAAAUAGUCUGCCCUUUCUGAGAAAUCUUUUGGAGAAACUGAAUGCUAAUCAACAGAAUAUUCUAAAAUUCAUUGCGUGCAAUGAAAUUUUCCUGAUGCCAGCUACAGUUUUUAUGCUUUUCAGGUAAGAAUUACCAUCAGUAUUUCAGAAUUACAAACUUUCUACACAGGAUAACUUUUUGCAAUUCAGUUCUCUGUGCGUGACAGUUUUCCAUCUGUAUGAUUCUGGUUGA